UCCUCCGUCCUCAGCAGAGAGGCUCGUUGAAAGUGCGUCGUUGUUGUUUUUGUUUACAGCAGUUAAAAAAUGUGCUGAGUCAUUGAGCCUGUUCUUCUGAAUACAGGGUUAACGUACUGUAACGUGUUUAAGGUGUGCUCUGUGUCAGAGGUAACGCCGACAUGUUGACAGAGUUAUUGUAGGCUACCGGAGCACUUUGGACUAGUUAUACCGGACAUUAACGCUUCAAUCUGUGGGAGCUGGAAAAUGGCAGUUUUCUCUGUCAUUCUGAGCUGGAUCGUUGUGUUCCUCCUCACUCUGGUUUUUAUAUCGUUCCUCGGUUACUGCCUGUACGUGAAACACCAGCAUAUGAAAUAUGACCACAUACCCGGGCCGCCGAGAGACAGUUUUCUCUUCGGACAUUCACCUACGUUUAUGAGGGUCAUGAGAAAUGGCGGGCUUGUACACGACAAGUUGCUGGAGUGGUCUGAGAGUUACGGACCUGUUUACAGGGUUAAUAUUCUGCAUUACGUUAUGCUUAGUGUGACCUGCCCAGAGACAACCAAGGAGGUCCUGAUGUCCCCAAAGUAUCCCAAAGAUAGAUUCCUCUACAAGAGACUCUUCUACCUGUUUGGUCAAAGGUUCCUAGGUAACGGCCUGGUAACAGCUCAGGACCAUGAGCAGUGGCAUAAACAGCGUCGGAUCAUGGACCCUGCAUUCAGCAGCCUGUAUUUGAGAGGUCUAAUGGGCACCUUCAAUGAGAGGGCAGAGAAACUGAUGACUAAACUUACAGAUAUCGCUGAUAGCAAAACAGAGGCCCACAUGCUGCGUCUGGUCAACUUUGUUACCCUUGAUGUUAUUGCUAAGGUUGCUUUCGGUGUGGAUUUGGACCAGCUGAAGGAUAGUUCAGUUUUCCCGAAAGCCAUCGAAAUGUGUUUGAAAGGGAUGGUGCACUACAUCACAAACAGCUUUUUUAAGUACAACCCAAAGAACCGACCGUUCAUAAAGGAAGUGAGGGAUGCAUGCCGCCUGCUGCGCACAACCGGAGCUCAGUGGAUUCAAAGCAGAAAGACCGCCAUGCAAAACGGCGAAGACGUCCCCAAGGACAUCCUCACACAGAUCAUCAAAACAGCUGGCAAAGAGGAAACCAUGACGGAAGAAGAUGAAGAGUUGAUGUUGGACAAUUUUGUGACAUUUUUCAUUGCAGGGCAAGAAACAACAGCUAACCAACUGGCCUUUUGCAUCAUGGAACUUUCAAGACAUCCUGAAAUACUGGAGAAAGUGAAGAACGAGGUGGAUGAUGUCAUUGGAAUGAAACAGGACAUCAGUUAUGACGAUCUGGGGAAAUUGGUCUACCUAUCACAGGUGCUGAAAGAGACUCUGAGAAUUUACCCGACAGCUCCAGGAACAUCUCGUGAGGUACUGAAAGACUUUGUCAUUGACGGUAUCCACAUUCCUGGUGGAGUCACAUGCAUGUUCACCUCCUACGUGACUGGGAGGAUGGAGAAAUUCUUCAAGGACCCGCUGACAUUUGAUCCAGACAGAUUUCACCCAGAUGCUCCUAAGCCUUAUUUUUGCUACUACCCCUUCGCCCUCGGCCCACGCUCAUGCCUGGGACAGAACUUCGCUCAGAUGGAGGCUAAAGUGGUGAUGGCCAAGCUGCUCCAGAGGUUUGACUUCAGUCUGGUGCCGGGACAGACCUUUGACAUCGAGGACACUGGCACGCUCAGGCCGAAGAGCGGGGUGGUGUGCACCGUCAGACACAGGAAUCACAAGAAAUAAAUGAUCGUACAGGAUCAUAAAACAUAAGAAGAAACCAUAAAAGUCAAUUUGGUGAAAUUGGGUUACUUAGACUAAGGGUGUUUUCACACUUGGUCCUUUUUAAAUUAACCGAACUCAGUCCUCUUAAAGUGCACCAAAAAGUGGACCAACAGAAAAGGGACUUAGUUUGUUUUGUGUUCUUCUGUC